GUGCCACACUGCUCGGUCGCAAAUCCACUUCGCAUUGCUGAAGUUGCAAUGCUAGAAGGAAAGAUACCAUCAAAGUUGGUUGAGGUGGUUGCGCAGAUUAUAAGCACUGAAUUAGGCGCGGUGCCUUCUCUAGAUGGACAUGUAGAUGGACGACAGGUGGAUAAUGUUCGUGUAUUCUGA